AAUAAUUAUAUGUCAUAUAGAGAACUUCGUAACUUCUGUGAAUAAAUGAGGGCUUUGGGUUAUCAUAGGAUCAUUUCUAUGGAAAAUUUUCGAAGGCCUAAUUUUGAGCUCGUUGCAGAUAUACUUUUUUGGCUAGCAUAAAAGUAUGAUCCUAAUUCUGAUAUUUCUGAUAAUAUUGAUGAGGAAGUAAAAAUAAAAUUAAAAUUCAGAGACAUCGAAUAGAAUUUAUAAAACAAAUAACAACUCUAUUUGUUAGUAAAGCAAGAUUAAAGAUAAACCCAAAGAGAUUGUAUAUGGCAGAUGUAUAUGCAGUAUAAGAGAUUUUGAAAAUUUCAACAUUUUUAUACAAAGCUUAAGUUUCACCACCAGCUGAUGAGGAAGAGAUUCAUGAUUUUGUAAAUAUGUCAAUGAGUAUUGAAAGUCUCUCCCAUCAAAAUUAAGUAAUAUAAAGAGCCAUAAAAUAUUGGCUUAAGAAAUUACUGAUCUUGCUACAAGACUAUAUGAUUAAUUAGGGAAAGAAGAUGAAGUAAAAUUAGCAAGAGUAAUAAUAUAUUAUAGAUGAAUAAUAGGAAAAAGCUUUACAAUUUUUGUCAAAUGUAUCAAGAGGAGGGAAUUCCUAAUCUGAAUAAUCAUAUAUACAAAAAUGCAUAUAAACAAUAUUGAAAUAGCAAGAGUAAAAUAUUCAGGAGAUGUCUAAAUAUGUUGUAAAUUUGGAGAGGGAAUAAAAAUAAUUAGAAGAGAAAAUAAAGAGAAAAACAAAAGAAUUAGAAUAAGCAGAAAAAAGAUUAAAGGGAAUGACUAGUGUAAAACCUGCUUAUUAAGAGGAAUAUGAUAGAUAAGAAUACGAAUUAGAAAAGUUAUAUUAAGUAAAUUUGAUUUAUUAAGAAUAAUUUAGACAUAUGUGGAGAAAUUUAGAAAUUUAGUUUAUUUAGAACAUGUAUUAGAUGGAUAAAAUAAAUAAGCUGAAAUAGAAUAAAAGAAAAAGAAUUAGAUUUUAUAAGGUGUAAGAGGAGUAAUUUAGGAUGCAGAAAUGAAUGAAUUAAGAGGAGGAGAUGAUGAUGGAAACGAUGAUUAGUUAGAAUAAUUAGGAGGAGAUUCCCGAUUAUAAUCAAGUAAUAAAGAAAAGCGUAAUAAUAAUGAUUUUAUGAGAAAUUAAAAAGGUGGAUUUAAUAGAUAGUAAAUGGAUGAAGAUGUUGAAGAAGGAGAUGAUAUAGAUGAUUUAGAUGGUGGAGUUGAUGAGGAUGAAGAAGAAGAAGAAGAAGAUGAUGGAAUUGAAAAUUUAGAUGAUGAUAAUGAAGCUGACUUUUGAAAUAUUUUAAUGCAUUAUAUGUAUAAAUAUUAUUA